AUGCAUUGCCCGUCGAAUUAUAAGGCACAAGAAUUUUACUUAGUAUUCGUAUUACUUGUUGGGACUUACCAUGUAUCUGCCAUAAGUUUUUUUUUAAACAAUUACUUUAUUGUAUUAUUUUUGUGGAGUUUGAUCUGUUUGUUGACAAUGGUAGCAGUAUCACAAUAUAUUGUAUGUAUAAGAAUGUUAAGAGACAGAUACAAACUGGCCAACAUUGUGUUUAAAAACAGUAUUUGCCAUUCAACAACUACGGAAAAAUGUUUGUAUCCAACUGAAGUACACUAUUUAUUUAUCAAACUACGGAAUUUGACAGAGGAAGUCAAAUCAUAUUAUGCUUUUCACGCAUUACUCAUCAUCAUCGAAUCAGUUUUACUCAUUGCUUCGAACGUAACAAAAUUAGCUUUUAACUACACCAACAAUAUUGACACAGCUUUCGUAUACAACAAAUUGCUUUUAGUUUUUUGUAUUUUGAAGAUGAUAUUUAUAUUUUUCAUAGUUCGAGAAGCGCACAAUACAAUACAAGAAUCAAAAAAAACUGUUUUGAUCGCCCAUGAUGUACUCCGUACUACAACAAACACAUGGAUUGUCAAAGAAUUUGAGGUGUUCGUAUUGAAUUGUUGGAACAAUCCGAUCAUAUUUGAUGUGUAUGAUUUUUUUGAUUUGGACUACAAACUACUUCAAUCAAUAAUUGCAUCCAUUGUCACUUAUAUUGUAGUUUUGGUUCAAAUUCAGUUGGCCAUAUCCAGUCAAUAAUUUGAAAAGAAAUAGUACUACGUAGUAUGAUGGACUAAAAAUAAAUGUUUUAUUAAUUAUUAUUAUCAUGGAUUUAAUUGUGCAUAUAAUUGCACUUUAGAUGAUAGAAAUAUCAUUAUGUAACUUCAAUAUUUAUAUUGGUUUUGUUUAUUUCAUACUAAAAAAAAAAAAUAUUAUUUUAUAGUUAU